AUGUAUCUGCUAGACAGAGCCGAGUCCUGUGCUAUUGCUGACACCAAUCUGAAUCCAGAGCAGGCGGGUAUUGCCAGGUCAGCAGCACUGUUUGUAAUUUUGACAAAAAUAGUACACUUCUAUCUAGACCGUGACCCAGGGCUGAAAUGUUUUCAUUUCCGCUCGGUGGUGUACAAAUAAAGCGAUGCCUGACUGAGUGAAACAAUCAAUGUUCAGAUGAUCACUGGACAGGCAUUUCCUUGUAAUGUUAUUUGGCUACGUACUGGUUCUCAUUUCUACCACUAUCGUGUCUCCACUAUUGUGGUUUCUUGUAACUAAUAGAGCCGACUAUGUUUGCAUCGAUUGUUGGUCUCCUUCGUUCUCUUUCCUACCACAAACUCCUAGGACUACCUCCAGUGUAGGAGCUACGAGACCGGUGUAGGCUUCACUUUGGCUGAUGACUACUUAUUGCUGUGUCUUGGGCCUGCCAGGGCAAACUUCUAUAUCUCUUUGCCAUUUAUAAAUCAUGCUAGGUCAUAUGUCCAUGGUAUCGCAUCGGGACAAGGAAACCAAAGGAUUUCCUAGGUUUCUUUUCCUUGGAUAUCGGGACUUGCCAGACAGUGACGCUAAAGGGAGUGACUGACUCAGUCAGUGUAGCCUACCGAAUCGCAUCGGUGAGAGUGCUGUUCAUUUUGGCUCCCUAAUUUGCGUAGGCUUUUUGGCGAUUAUCUGCAGAUAAAUUAUGAAAACAUUCAAUGAAGAUGGUGAAUCAUAACUGCAGGAACAAUAGGGAAUGGAGAGCCUCAUUCUGGUUCAAAUAUGAUAAUUAGGGCCCUCACUGAAUCCAGGCAUUCAAACAGAACUCAACAAUUUUCAAAACUGUAUGGACCUGAAGGUGUUACAUUUUAUUAAUUUGCACUAGUUUAUCAGAAGACAUGAACAGAAUGCAUCAGUGACUCUCAUUUCCUGAAACUUUCUGAAGAGGCAACGAGAAUGUGCGGUGUGCGCGUCUACCAUUAAAAUUCUAAAAACCAGGCAGAAUAAACGACAUCUAAAGCCUGUAUAUCGAAAAUACAGAUUUUUGUUGGUAAACCUGAAAAAUGUAUUGAACUCGCCAAAUUGAGCACGGUUUCAAAUGAUCACUCUAUGAGAAUAACUGUUCCAGACGCGAAAUGCGCAUCACUUCACGCUGGCAACUUUUUUGGGAAAAAUAUUCUGUUCCAUUUUAUUCUAUUAUAUUAAUGUUUUUUUUACUAUAAAAUAGAUGUCUUGACUGUGAUAAGGGUUCUGGAAAUAAGAGCGUCUUGUCUGCUAAAUUAACAAAGCAAGGCUAUGCCAUUGCUGAGGUUACUGCCUUUUUGAAGAUUGUGUUCCGUGAUAUAAUAUAACCAUUUGGUAUUACGGAUUCAAUAAAUUAAUCUAAAAUGGCACUUGCUUCUUUUAACUGACUGAAAAAAAAUAUUAUAAUAAUAAUAAUAAAUAUAUAUAUAUAUAUAUAUAUAUAUAUAUAUAUAUAUAUAUAUAUAUACUGCUCAAAAAAAUAAAGGGAACACUAAAAUAACACAUCCUAGAUCUGAAUGAAUGAAAUAAUCUUAUUAAAUACUUUUUUCUUUACAUAGUUGAAUGUGCUGACAACAAAAUCACACAAAAAUUAUCAAUGGAAAUCAAAUGUAUCAACCCAUGGAGGUCUGGAUUUGGAGUCACCCUCAAAAUUAAAGUGGAAAACCACACUACAGGCUGAUCCAACUUUGAUGUAAUGUCCUUAAAACAAGUCAAAAUGAGGCUCAGUAGUGUGUGUGUGUGUGGCCUCCACGUGCCUGUAUGACCUCCCUACAACGCCUGGGCAUGCUCCUGAUGAGGUGGCAGAUGGUCUCCUGAGGGAUCUCCUCCCAGACCUGGACUAAAGCAUCCGCCAACUCCUGGACAGUCUGUGGUGCAACGUGGCGUUGGUGGAUGGAGCGAGACAUGAUGUCCCAGAUGUGCUCAAUUGGAUUCAGGUCUGGGGAACGGGCGGGCCAGUCCAUAGCAUCAAUGCCUUCCUCUUGCAGGAACUGCUGACACACUCCAGCCACAUGAGGUCUAGCAUUGUCUUGCAUUAGGAGGAACCCAGGGCCAACCGCACCAGCAUAUGGUCUCACAAGGGGUCUGAGGAUCUCAUCUCGGUACCUAAUGGCAGUCAGGCUACCUCUGGCGAGCCCAUGGAGGGCUGUGCGGCCCCCCCAAAGAAAUGCCACCCCACAUCAUGACUGACCCACCGCCAAACCGGUCAUGCUGGAGGAUGUUGCAGGCAGCAGAACGUUCUCCACGGCGUCUCCAGACUCUGUCAUGUCUGUCACAUGUGCUCAGUGUGAACCUGCUUUCAUCUGUGAAGAGCACAGGGCGCCAGUGGCGAAUUUGCCAAUCUUGGUGUUCUCUGGAAAAUGCCAAAUGUCCUGCACGGUGUUGGGCUGUAAGCACAACCCCCACCUGUGGACGUCGGGCCCUCAUACCACCCUCAUGGAGUCUGUUUCUGACCGUUUGAGCAGACACAUGCACAUUUGUGGCCUGCUGGAGGUAAUUUUGCAGGGCUCUGGCAGUGCUCCUCCUGCUCCUCCUUGCACAAAGGCGGAGGUAGCGGUCCUGCUGCUGGGUUGUUGCCCUCCUACGGCCUCCUCCACGUCUCCUGAUGUACUGGCCUGUCUCCUGGUAGCGCCUCCAUGCUCUGGACACUACGCUGACAGACACAGCAAACCUUCUUGCCACAGCUCGCAUUGAUGUGCCAUCCUGGAUGAGCUGCACUACCUGAGCCACUUGUGUGGGUUGUAGACUCCGUCUUAUGCUACCACUAGACUCCAACCAAAUGCUUCCUGUAGUUGUUGAUCAGUCUCUCACGUCGCUGUGGAGGAAUUUUGGCCCACUCUUCCAUGCAGAACUGCUUGAACUCAGUGACAUGUGGGUUUUCAAGCAUGAACUGCUCGUUUCAAGUCCUGCAACAACAUCUCAAUUGGGAUUAGGUCUGGACUUUGACUAGGCCAUUCCAAAACUUCCAAUUUGUUGCUUUUUAGCAAUUUUUAUGUAGACUUGAUUGUGUGUUUUGGAUCAUUGUCUUGCUGCAUGACCCAGCUGCGCUUCAGCUUCAGCUCACAGACGGAUGGUCUGACAUUCUCCUGUAGAAUUCUCUGAUACAGAGCAGAAUUCAUGGUUCCUUCUAUUAAGGCAAGUCGUCCAGGUCCUGAGGCAGAAAAGCAUCCCCAAACCAUCACACCACCACCACCAUGCUUGACCUUUGGUAUGAUGUUCUUACUGUGGAAUGCAGUGUUUUUUGUUUUCACCAGGCAUAAUGGGACCCAUCUCGUCCAAAAAGCUGACUCAAGUUUGCCAAAAAGCACCUGGAUGAUCAUCAAGACUCUUGGAAGAAAGUUCUAUGGACAGAUGAUUCAAAAGUAUAACUUUUUGGACGACAUGGUUCCAGUAAUGCCUGGCGAAAACCAAACUCUGCAUUCCACAGUAAGAACAUCAUACCUCAACAUGGGGGCCCCUCAGGGGUGUGUGCUCAGUCCCCUCCUGUACUCCCUGUUCACUCAUGACUGCAUGGCCAGGCACGACUCCAACACCAUCAUGAAGUUUGCAGAUGACACAACAGUGGUAGGCCUGAUCACCGACAAUGACGAGACAGCCUAUAGGGAGGAGGUCAGAGACCUGGCCGUGUGGUGCCAGGACAACAACCUCUCCCUCAACAUGAUCAAGACAAAGCAGAUGAUUGUGGACUACAGGAAAAAAAAGAGGACCGCGCACGCCCCCAUUCUCAUCGACGGGGCUGUAGUGGAGCAGGUUGAGAGCUUCCUUGGUAUCCACAUUACGAACAAACUAACAUGGUCCAAGCACACCCAAGACAGUCGUGAAGAGGGUACGACAAAACCUAUUCCCCCUCAGGAGACUGAAAAGAUUUGGCAUGUGUCCUCAGAUCUUCAAAAGGUUCUACAGCUGCGCCAUUGAGAGCAUCCUGACUGGUUGCAUCACUGCCUGGUAUGGCAACUGCUCGGCCUCCGACUGCAAGGCACUACAGAGGGUAGUGCGUGCGGCCCAGUACAUCACUGGGGCCAAGCUUCCUGCCAUCCAGGACCUCUAUACCAGGCGUUGUCAGAGGAAGACCAUAAAAAUUGUCAAAGACUCCAGCCACCCUAGUCAUACCGGAGCGCCAAGUCUAGGUCCAAGAGGCUUCUAAACAGAUUCUACCCCCAACCAUAAGACUCCUGAACAUCUAAUCAAAUGGCUACCCAGACUAUUUGCAUUGCCCCCCUCCCCUCUCUGUUAAGCUGCUGCUACUCUCUGUUUAUUAUCUAUGCAUAGUCACUUUAAUAACUACCUACAUGUAGAUAUUACCUCGACUAACCGGUGCCCCGCACAUUCACUCGGUACCGGUACCCCCUGUAUAUAGCCUCGCUAUUGUUAUUUUUACUGCUGUUCUUUUAAUUAUUUGUUACUUUUAUUUUGUAUUUUAUAUUGUAUGUCUUUGAUUUAUUUUGGUAUUCUUUCUGCAUUGUUGCUUAAGGGCUUGUAAAUAAGCAUUUCACUGGAAGGUCUACACCUGUUGUAUUCGGCGCAUGUGACAAAAUUUGAUUUGACACACACACCAGUCAAAAGUUUGGACAUACCUACUCAUUCCAGGGUUUUUCUUUAUUUUUACUAUUUUCUACAUUUUAGAAUAAUAGUGAAGACAUCAAAACUAUAAAAUAGCACAUUAAAUCAUGUAGUAACCAAUAAAGGGUUAAUCAAAUGAAAAUAUAUUUGAAAUUCUUCAAAGUAGCCACCGUUUGCCUUGAUGACAGUUUUGCACACUCUUGGCAUUCUGUCAACCAGCUUCAUGAGGUAGUCACCUGGAAUGCAUUUCAAUUAACAGGUUUGCCUUGUUAAAAAUUAAUUUGUGGAAUUUCUUUCCUUAAUGCUUUUGAGCCAAUCAGUUGUGUUGUGACAAGGUAGGGGUGGUAUACAGAAGAUAGCCCUAUUUGAUAAAUGACCAAGUCCAUAUUAUGGCAAGAACAGCUCAAAUAAGCAAAGAGAAACUACAGUCCAUCAUUACUUUAAGACAUGAAGGUGAAUCAAUGUGGAACAUUUCAAGAACUUUGAAAGUUUCUUCAAGUGCAGUAGCAAAAACCAUCAAGCGCUAUGAUGAAACUGGCUCUCAUGAGGACCGCCACAGGAAUGGAAGACCCAGAGUUACCUCUGCUGCAGAGGAUAAGUUCAUUAGAGUUAACUGCACCCCCUAAUAAAUGCUUCACAGAGUUCAAGUAACAGACACAUCUGAACAUCAACUGUUCAGAGGAGAUCGCGUGAAUUAGGCCUUCAUGGUCGAAUUGCUGCAAAGAAACCACUACUAAAGGACACCAAUAAGAAGAAGAGACCUGCUUGGGCCAAGAAACACGAGCAAUGGACAUUAGACCGGUGGAAAUGUGUCCUUUGGUCUGGAGUCCAUAUUGGAGAUUUUUGGUUCCAACCGCCGUGUCUUUGUGAGACGCAGAGUAGGUGAACGGAUGAUCUCCGCAUUUGUGGUUCCCAAAGUGAAGCACGGAGGAGGAGGUGUGAUGGUGUGGGGGUGCUUUGCUGGUGACACUGUCAGUGAUUUUAUUUAGAAUUCAAGGCACACUUAUCCAGCAUGGAUUACCACAGCACUCUGCAGCGAUACGCCAUCCCAUCUGAUUUGGGCUUAGUCCCACUAUCAUUUUGUUUUUCAACAGGACAAUGACCCAACACACCUCCAGGCUGUGUAAGGGCUAUUUUACAAAGAAGGAGAAUGAUGGAGUGCUGCAUCAGAUGAUCUGGCCUCCACAAUCCCCUGACCUUAACCCAAUUGGGUUGGUUUGGGAUGAGUUGGACCGCAGAGUGAAGGAAAAGCAGCCAACAAGUGCUCAGCAUAUGUGGGAACUCUUUCAAGACUGUUGGAAAAGCAUUCCAGAUUAAGCUGGUUGAGAGAAUGCCAAGAGUGUGCAAAGCUGUCAUCAAGGCAAAGGGUGGCUACUUUGAAGAAUCUAACAUCUAAAAUAUAUUUUGAUUUGUUUAACACUUUUUUUGGUUACUACAUGAUUCCACAUGUGUUAUUUCAACUGUUUUUGCUUUUUCAUUAUGUGGUAUUGUGUGUAGUUUUAACUAUUUAAUCCAUUUUAGAAUAAGUCUGUAACGUAACAGAGGAAAAAGUCAAGGGGUCUGAGUACUUUCCGAAUUCACUGUAGACCUAGACGAUAUCCACAAUACCACAACUAAUUUUUCCAAUCUGGGAGGUGAUCUUGAUAAAGUAUUCAAUAAUUUCGCUUUGUAUUUUUAGAUGGAAUCAAGGUAUUAGAAUGUACCAGAGGCCAUCAAAAUAGAGCUCCUUCGACAAAAGGAGUAGCCUGGCUGGCUACUCUAUGCACUUGUGGAAAACACUGCUUUGUGUAUAAAGAAAGUAGGCGGUGGGCCAGGACCGUGUAGUCUAAUAGGAUCAUAUCACAGAGACGACUUAGCGGAGAGUGAGGGAGGACACACACUAAUCACCCCUCCCUCACGCACUCACUCGUUCUCACACACACAUACAUUCUCACUGCACAGGGCUGGCUCGCUCUGUCUGCAGACAACCUCUAGGAGAAAAAGUAAUUGAGUUAUAUUUCUUACCAAUAGAUUUAUGCAGUGUGGGAAAAUGCAUUAGCAUUUCUGCUGUAGUAUAUCAAACCCAUAAAGUAUUGAGGAAAUAUCAGCAGCAGCCUCUUAUCAGGGAGGCACUGGGAGCGAGGUGGAAUGCCUUCUGGCACCACAGGUAUUCAUAUCAGGCUGGCUGGAAGUGCCCAAAGCUGUUUUAAUAAUAAUUCGGGGGAUGCUUAUAUAUGUCCUGUUAUACAAGUGUGUAAUGGAAAUGUUUUUUUUUUUCCUUUCCCAACUCCCCCUGAGACACCCGCAGGGAGUGGGGUCAGGAUUGUACAAGGUACUUGGAGCUAGGUUAAGUGCCUUGCUCAAGGGCAGAGCAACAGAUUUUUCACCUUGCCGGAUCCAGUAUUCAAACAAGCGACCUUUUGGUUGCUGGCCCCAGCGCUCUAACCUCGAGGCUACCUGCCGCCGCAUUUCACGUUACCCCAUUUCCCUUUCACUGGGCUGCUCUGGCAUGGGAUGGGGCUGUGCCAGUGUCUGGCUGGCCGGCCUUGACGUUUGGAAUUGACCAUAGUCUUUGUGAGAGAAACCAACUUUUUUAAAUCUAUGAUAUGUGUCAACAAAGACAUAGGACAUUUAGACAUGAACUGAUCAGCUAUUUUGCUAUGCAAUAUUUGCAGCUAUGCAGCAUUUCUAUUUUUUUAUGUCUUGGCUAUUUUGAAAGUUUGCUUUGUGCUUAUGACUUAUGUGCAUAAAACUAAUGACUCAUGCUUGCUCUCUCUUCAGAAUGGCGCUGGACAUCUAUGACUCUCAGUACCUGGUGAUCUUGGCCCCCUGCCUGGUCAUCGCCCUCAUCUUCCUCUUCUUCUGGCUCUUCAUGAAGGAGACCUCCUAUGACGAGGUGCUGGCCAGGCAGAAACGAGACCUCAAGCUGCCACCCUCCAAACCAGACACCCGCAAGAAGAACGACAAGAAAAAGAGCAAGAAGAAAGAGGGCAGUAGCAGAGGGGAUGGAGGAGAGUCUGAGGACGACCUGCGGGACUUUGACGUGGCUGACGCCGUGAGCAGCUUCACCGCUGAGGAGGAGGAGGAGGAGGAGGAGCCUGCCCCUGUGGCUCCGCCCACCCCCGUUCCUGCCCAUGUGGCAGCGCCAGCCGAGGCCCCUGCAGGGGUGAGGGAGAGGAAGAAGAAGGAGAAGAAAGCCGUAAAGGCAGCUGCCGCUGCAGCCGCUCCCCCUGCCGAGGAAACUGCGUUGAACGGCUCCAAGCAAGCCAGCCACAAAGCAGAGCCCCCUGCCCCAGUGGUUAAACCCAGUCCCCCCUCACCCCAGCCUGACCCUCAACCCCCAGCCCAGGCUCAGACCCCCCCCCAGUCCUCUGGCAAGAAGAAGAAGGAGAAGAAGCAGAAGACAGAGGCUGGUGAGUAGCAGGCCAGAGUGGCUUUAGUAGGAUGAGAGAAUGUGUGGUUCACGGUGCGCUUGCCUGUGUCUGCAAACGGGGCUAGCGCCUUCCCCGAGGCCACUAGUUAGUGUCUGAGUGCACAUCUAUCCUCCCGAAUCAAAUCGGAUUAUUUAAAGCCCAGUAUGAGAAGGGAGCAGGAGGGAGGGAGUUUGUUACAAUGGCCAUAACCUCAAAAUUCCUUCUACAUUUACAUUUACGUCAUUUAGCAGACGCUCUUAUCCAGAGCGACUUACAAAUUGGUGCAUUCACCAUUCAUUUUUUUUUAAGGGGGCGGGGGGGUAGAAGGAUUACUUUAUCCUAUAGUCUACACAAAUGUAUCACAAGGCCAUCAUAAUGGCAUCCUUUUUUCCCUCUAUCUCUAAAGCCUAAUUGUCCUCGUGUUGGUUCCUGUCUAGUGGAAGAAGAGAUUAAGGUGGAGAAAGCUCCAGCUCCAGUCAAAAAGGAGGCUCCCGUGCCCGUGGAAACGAAAGCCCAGGAUGGUGCUGCCCCCCCAGCCACCACCUCAACCAGUGGCAAAAAAAAGAACUCUGCCAAGAAGCAGAAGACUGAGCAUAGUAAGGAUGAUGAAGACUUACUGAUACUGCUGUGUAAUCAGAGCAGGUUCAGAGACAUUGUUCGAAGCUGCUAGCAGAAAGCAAAACAAAUUUUACUCUGCCUAUUUUUUAAAAUUAAAUCCUUGGGCCCACUAUCUCAAUUUGUGUGCCUUGGCUGGCCCCAAAUAUGACAAUGUGUUUCGGUCUCCACCAGGCCAAGUGGAUGAUGUCCAGCCUGACUCUGCAGCUCCUGCUAACCACCAUGGUGAUGCGCCCUCCAAGGGGAGUGUCAAGAAACAGAAGAACGAGAUGGAUAAAGGUGAGAAACCUACACUCCAAAAUAUAGCUACUAUACCAUGUUUAAAGCUGACAUAUGAACAAUUACAUUUUAUAAAUCUAUUUACACUGCACCCUUCUAUUCCACUCCGCUGCCAUGCAACACUUGUAUAACACAUCAUAGUUCAUCCUCUGCAUGUAUGUGUGUGUAUUUGUAGAGAACUCUGAGGUGAAGCUGAAGGAGCUGCUUUUGGGCCUGGGCAGUCUGGCCUUGUCACAGGCAGAGGCUGUCAGUGUGGUCACUGUGCUUAAAGAGAAGAACCCGUCUGCCCUGGACGCUUGGCAGAAGUCUGCAGCUAAGGCUGACCCCUCAUCCCUGGAGAGAGAGAGGCUCCUCACCACUCUGCAGGAGGAGGCCUCCAUCGCCAAGGACAAGGUCCAGCAGCUCAGCAAGGUGCAGCUAUACAGACUCAUAAUAUAACCUGAAGAUACCGGUACAAUAAUACAUAUCCAUUGACUACAUCACUGGUUGAUUACCUGUGGACUCUGGCCAUGGCUGGGUGGCAUUUCAUUCCAAUACUGAUCCGCUGCCGUUUCUGCCCUUUCCUGUGUUAGGAGCUGCAGCAGGAGAAGCAGAAGACUGUGAGAGUGGAGGCUGUUCUGAGGGACCAGCGUGGGGCACUGGAGAAGGAGCUGAAUGUCAUGCAGGCUAAAUCCCAGGGAGAGCUCCAGGGCAUGCAGAUGAAGGUGACCACCAUCCACCACUCUGAUACCUUUACUAAAACAGGCCAAACCUCAACUUCCAUCACCUUUUACUAUCAUGCUUUAUACUCCAACGUCAGUCCUGAGGCAGCAUAGACGAGUGUUUGUCUGAUGCUGUAUGUUCGGUGGUACUGACUCCCAGUGUUGUGUACUCUGUAGUUCCAGAAGCUGAGGGAGCAGCUGGAGGGUCAGAUCGCCAGGCUGCAGCAGGAGAACGGCAUCCUGAGAGACGCAGUCAGCUCUGCCACCAACCAGAUGGAGAGCAAGUGAGUGCCACCUCCCAGCCAUCUGUUCCUAGAUUGUAAAGAUGUUAAGGUCUUUGAUUGGUAUUGUAUCGCACUGUAGGAAUACUAGUUGCCUUUGAGGCAUGGAUGAGUGUGUGGGUUGUAAUAGUGGUUGUGGUGUGCAUGGCAGGCAGUCGUCGGAGCUGAACCAGCUGCGCUCAGAGUACUCUGGUCUGAUGAAGGAGCUGGCGGAGAACAACAACAAGCUGCAGCAGGAGGAGCACCAGAGGAAGUCGCUGGAGGUCAACUACAAGCAGAACGUGUCUCAGCUGGAGGUAUGCUGUCUGUCAGGGGAGGGGCCGUGCCUCACACAGGCAUCUUAUUUAGUUAUUCACUAGGCUGCCCAACAGAGAUUAAACACAAAGGAAUCUCUCCUUCAUGGUGAGACCUGGACUGGACUAUUUAGGGUUUCUCACUGUAACCAUGGGAGGGCCUGUGUGUGUCCGUCCGUCCGUCCUGGGGGGGGGGCUGGGUGGUGUGUAAUAGAACAGGGAAGUGGAGGAUUGUGUUGGCUCAGGAAGUGGGGCAGUUUGAAGCUUUGUGCUCAGUAUAAACACUGCUUCCCUGCAACAGACACCCAGGUCUGCCUUUCCUGUGUUAUCACCAUAACCACAGUACAGUGAGCGGGAUUGUGAGAGGUUGUGUCAGUGUAUGUACACUGUUAAAGUGCCAAGUGUUGUGUGUUGUCCCGUGGUCACCAGGCUCAACUGCAGGAAGCUAAGCGCCGCUGGGACGAGCUCCAGAACUACCUCCACAAUGUCAACGCAGAGAGGGAGAAACUUCAUGCUGCUAAAGAAGGUGAUCACAGAGAAUCGAUAAACAGACCUCUGAAACUCAAGCUAAUGCACCACCCAUUGUCAAUAUGUAACAAAUGUUACAUAUGACGAAUGUGAUAUGACUGGGUCUGGUGUCUCUCCUCUCUCAGAGCUGCAGAGCCAGCUGCUGGCGGUGGAGACAGAGAUGAGCAACAAGAACAAGGAGAUCCAGACGCUGCACAGCAGCCUGACCGACACCAUCGUGUCCAAGGACCAGGUGGAGCAGAAGGUGAUGCAGCUGCUGGAGGUGUCCCAGCACAGCCUGACUGACAACUCAGCGCAGGUCCAGGUAGGGGAACACAGCCCGUAUUGUUGUGAUGUGGAUAACAAUAACACGUUCCCUAGUGUGUACACUCACCAAUGAUUUACAGUUGACUGUUAAACUUGGAUGUUAUAGUUAUUGUGCCAGGUGUGAACAGGACUUCACACUCAAACCAUUCGGAAACAAGGGAGAGGGGUAGUUAAAAAGGGGAAACCGGUUUAGUUGAGAGACUACGGGAUAAAACAAUACGCUUCUUCUUAAAUAGGCCAAAUAUCUGAAGUAUUUUUGUAUUUAUAUUUUUCAUAUUCUGGUAUGCACUGAAAAGAACAUCCUUUUUAUCCUGACAGGAUCUCCUGAAUGAAAACAGUGGCCUUCAGGCCCAGAUUAAGACUCUGCAGGCCCAGUUGAGCUCACAGGUAUGGACCAACAUGUUUCACCCUUUAGUUCAUCAACAAGAGUUAAUGUUUCUAUGUAUAUGUGAGUGUGUUGUGACCACGGUCUUCUCUCCUCUUUCAGGCCUCUACUGUCUCCCACUUUGAGGAGCUCCAGAAGCUGUAAGUGUUUACACGUUUGAUAUGAAUCCCCACCCCACUUGCACAUCUGUGUAGCCUGAUCCUUGAAUGUCCUUCAGUUCCAUAUAAUGUCCUCUUUGACUCUUGUCCCUGUCCUAUGGGUUUUGUUGCUGACUGUGUCCAGGCUGGCUGAGAAGGAGCUGCAGAGGAAGAGUCUGGAGGACUCCCUGAAUGGCGAGAGGAGCAGUGGCGCCAGCAGGGAAACUAACAUGCAGGUACCUACAGUAAAACUCUGUAAUACUGUCUAAACCCCCAUUAUUACACCAGCCCUGUAAAAUACGGUCUGUUAACCGGAUGGAAUGUGUUGAGCUGUAGGAAUGCUGCUCACAGUACAGUGGAUUGAUUUGAGGGCUUACUAUAAAUGGAAUGUAUUUCUUUGUGAAGCAUAGUAGCUAGUACAGUUAUAAAACAGAACUAUGAUAAUCCCUUUGGGCCGCCUUUGUUCAUUAAACAAAGUAAAUUAGCUGAAAAUGGUCAUUAGGAUAAAGAUAUCAAACUAUUACUGUAGACCUAAAUGCAUACUGUCAAAUUAAUAGUGAUUUCUACUUUGUAUGAGCUGAAUGUUGUUGACUCUGGGCUUCCUGCCCUCACCCUCCUCUCUUCUCUCUCCUCCACAGGCCAUGCACAAUGAGAACAUGUCACUGAAGCUAGAGCUCCAGAAACUGCAGACUCAGAUCUCUGAACAGGUCAGAAGUGAAACGCCUGUUUUCAUAGAUGGAACUCCUGCUGUGAUCUACCAGUCCCUCAGUAUGCAUAACUCUCUGACACACCCUCUCCCUCCUCCUCUCCCCAUCUAGACUGCUUCUCAGCUGGCCUUGGACCAGUUCCAGAGGAGGUAUGUGAGAACGGAGAGCAUUAAGACCACACCAGAAAACAAUGCUAUACUUCACGUUGACCCUGUCUCACUGUGUCUGUCUUUGUGUUGUCCCCCCCCCCCCCCCCACACACACUCACACAGUUUCCAAGAGAGGGAGGAGAACAUCAAGACUGUGGAGGACCUGCUGAAGAUGGGGCUGAUUGAGGUGGCCAAUAAGGAGGAGGAAUUGAAGGUGAGCAGGGGUCAAGGGUCAGGGGAAUGAGCUUGAUUAGGUCACCACAUAUCACCGUUUUGAUCGUGCAUUGUGUAGACAAAAAUUAUGUUGAAGUGUUUGAAAUCAAAUUGCUUUCUCUGUCAGACUGUAAGACAAGAGAAUGAGGCUCUGAAACAAGAGAUGGAGGCUUUAAAGCAGCAGACUACUGAACAGGUAAGUGUACACACACACACACACACACACUUCUUUCCCACACGGAUCUGCUGUGUCUUUUUAUUUUGCUAGUCUCAACCCCUUUCCCUCAUGGAUUCUCCCUCUUUCUUUUAUUCCGCUUGUCUUUUCCUACUCUCAGACGAUAGUGGACGCACUACAGAGCAAGUAAGUCGAUGAAAAGACCACUUUUCCCCGUAUUAACUGAUAUGAAACAGCUUGCCAUAUUCAUGGACAGUUUUGUCGUUCUGUGUUUCAAGGAUCCAAGAGAAAGAUGAGCAGAUUAAGUCAAUGGAGGAGAGCCUACAGACAGCACAGGCGAGUGACUCCAGCAAUGGGAUGACCAUUAAGGUGUGUGUUUAUAGUCCUAUUUUUACACACUCGCUCUCUCCUCCUUCUCUCGCUCUCUCCUCCUUCUCUCGCUCUCUCCUCCUUCUCUCGCUCUCUACUCCUUCUCUCUACUCCUUCUCUCGCCGAUCCUCACUCCUUCUCGCUCUCUAUUCCUUCUCUCGCUCUCUACUCCUUCUCUCGCUCUCUCCUUCUCUCGCCCUCUCCUCCUCUCGCUCUCUCCUCCCUCUCGCUCUCUUCCUUCUCUCCUCGCUCUCUUCCUUCUCUCCUCGCUCUCUUCCUUCUCUCCUCGCUCUCUUCCUUCUCUCCUCGCUCUCUUCCUUCUCUCCUCGCUCUCUUCCUUCUCUCCUUGCUCUCUCUCUCCUCGCUCUCUUUCCUCGCUCUCUCUCUCCUCGCCUCUCUCUCCUCCUCAUCGCUCUCCUCUCCUAGCUCUCCUUCCUACCUCGCUCUCCUCCUCCGCGCGCGGUCUCUCAGCGCUUCUCCUCCCUUGCUCUCUCUAUCCUCGCGCUCUCCGCUUCAUCGCGACUUCUCUCUCUCCUAGCGCUCUCUCUCUCUCUCCUCGCGCUCUCUCUCUCUCCUCGCGCUCUCUCUCUCUCCUCGCGCUCUCUCUCUCUCCUCGCGCUCUCUCUCCUCGCGCUCUCUCUCCGCUAGCUCGCUCUCUCCUCGCUUCUUUCUCUCCUCGCUCCUCUCUCUCCUCGCUCUCUCUCUCCUCGCUCGCUCUAUACUCGCUCGCUCGCUCUUCCUCGCUCGCUCUCUCCUAGCUCUCUCACUCUUCUCGAUCUCUCGCCUCAUUCUCUCGCUCUCUCCUCCUUCUCUCGCUCUCUCAUCAUUCUCUCGCUAUCUCCUCCCUCUUCCUAUCUUUCCUUCUUUACUCGCUCUUCCUUCUCUUCCUAGCGAUAUAUCAUCGCGAUUCUCCUAGCGCUCUCUCUCCUCCGCUUCUAUCCUCGCGCUCUCUCUCCUCGCGCUAAAUCUCCUCGCUCUCUCUUGUCCUCGCUCUAUCUCUCCGCGAUCGCUCUCUAUCCCUCACUCUAUCUAGAAUCGCUAUCUAUCUCUCUUCGCUCUCUUCUCCUCGCUCUCUCUCUCGCUUCACUCUUCCUCUCGCUCUCUCCUCACUCUCUCCUCCUCGAUCACUCGCCUCCUUCUCGCUCUCUCUCCGCCUCGCGCUAUCUCUCGCUCUUCUCUCCUCAGGGUUGCUUUCGCCUCUCGCUCCCCCAAUCCCCUUAUACCUCAUCCCUCUCCGCCGUCGCUCUUCUCUGCGCCUCCCUCUCCUCCCGCGAUCCCUCUUUCCUCCCUCUGCUCUCUAUCUCGCUCGAUAGUCUCGCAUCGCUCGGCGCCGCCCGAGCGAGACCGGGCGCGCCGCCGAGCGCGCGCAGUAGAGCGCGCGAAGCUGCGAGCGGGCAGCCCCCGGCCCGCGCAGCCCGCGCUCGCUCAGCCAAAGCGGCGCCUCCCACGCCGUCGCCCGCCAAAUGGAGCGCGCCUACCAAGCGAGGCCUAACACGCGCUGUCGCAUAACACGCUCCUCGAAGACCACUCUAUCUCCUCCCACUCUCGCUCCGCCCACUCUCUCUCCUCCACUCUCUCGCCUUUCUCUCCUUUCUCUCCUUUCUUCAUUCCUCUCUCUCUCUCCUCACGCUUCUCGCUCCCCUCUUUCUCGCCCCUCCUUUCUCUCAUUCUUUCCUCAUUCUAUUGCCUCCUUCUCGCUCUCUCUCCUUCUCUCUCGCCUCCUUCUCGCUCUCUCCCCCUACUCUAUCUCAUCUCGCUCUCUCCUCCUUUUCUCUCUCCUCUCGCUCUCUCCUCCGUUUCUCCCCUAUCUCUCUCCGCUUUGCUCUCUCCUCUCUCUCUCUUCUUUUCCCCCCCCCCACCCCUUUUCUUUCUCUCCUCCUUUUAUCUCUCUCUCUCCUCUCUCCGCUCUUCUCUCGCUUUUCCUCUACACUCCUCCUAGCUCUCUCUCUCCUCGCUAUCACUCUCCUCGAUCUUCGCUCUCCUCUUCUCUCUCUCUCCUCUCUCUCGCUCUCUCCUUGCUCUCCUCCUUGCUCCCUCUCCUUCUCUCUCUCUCUCCUCCUUCUGUCUCAUUUUUUCUCUCUCCUCCUUAUGUCUAUCUAUAACCUCGCUCUCCUCUCAUAUCAUCCUGUCUCUCACUCUCCUCCUCUCUCUCUUUCUCUCUGCCUCUCCUCUCUUCUCCCCUUUUCUUCCUCUCUCUCUCCUCCUUUUCUCACUCCUCCUUCUCUUCCUCUCUCCUCCUUCUCUUCCUCUCUCCUCCCUCGCUCUCUCCUCCCUCGCUCUCUCCUCCCUCGCUCUCUCUUAUCUCCUCCGCUCUCUCCUCCUCCUCGCUCUUAUAUCUCAUCCUGCUUAUCUCCUCCUCGAUCUCUCUCCUCUCUCUCUCUUUAUCUCUGCCUAUCCUCUAUCUCACUCUUUUCCUCUCGAUACACUUAUAUUCCUCUUCUCUCUUCUUUUCUCUCUCAUCCUUUAUCUUCCUCUCGCCUCCCUUGCGCUUCCUCCUCGCUCUUCCUCCCUCGCCUCUCUCUAAUCUCUUGCUCUCUCAUCCCUCGCUCUCCUGAUCUCCUCCGAUCUCUCCUCCUCCUCGCUCUCUCUCUCUCGCGCUCUAUGUCCUCCUCCGCUCUCUCAUCCUCUCUAUUAAGCUUCUGUCUCUCUCCUCCAUCUCUAUAUCCUCUCUCUAUUCAGCUUCCUGUCUCUCUCCUCCUCUCUCUAUCCUAUCCUCCUCUCUCUCAUCCUCGCUCUUCCCCAAUCACUUUCUAUCUCGCGCUCUCUCCUCCUUUUCUCUCUCCUCCCUCAACGAUCCCCCCUAGAUUCUCGCAUCAUCCCUACACGCGCUCCUUCCCCUCGCUCUCCUCCCUAUCGCUCUCCUCCUCUCGCUCUCCUCCUCUCGCUCUCCUCCCUCUCGAGCUCCUCCCUCGCGAAUCUCCUCCCUCUCGCUCUCCUCGCUCUCGCUUCUCCUACGCUCUCGCUCUCCUUAGCUCUCGAUCUCCUCCAUAUCGAUAUCCUCACUCGCUCUCCUCCCUCUCUUCUCCCUCCUCCCUCUUCUCUCCUCGCUUCUCUAUCUCCCUCAUGGUCUAGUCUCCCUCCCCUCUCGCUCUUCACUCCUCUGCUCUCUCCUCCGUCUCUUCCUCUCUCCUCCGUCUCUUCCUCUCUCCUCCUUCUCUUCCUCUCUCUUCCUCUCUCCUCCCUCGCUCUCCCCCUCCUCGCUCUCGCUCUCCUCCCUCUCGCUCUCCUCCCUCUCGCUCUCCUCCCUCUCGCUCUCCUCCCUCUCGCUCUCCUCCCUCUCGCUCUCCUCCUCUCGCUCUCCUCCCUCUCGCUCCCUCCCUUCUCGCUCUCCUCCUCGCGCUCUCCUCCUUCCCUCUCCCUAUCUCUCCUACCUCUCCCUCUGCUCUCCCCCAUCUUUCCCAACCUCCCGCCUUCUCAAACUCCCACAUCCUCGCUAUCUCACCUCUCGCUCUCCACCUCUCGCCUCUUCUCUUUUCCCCUCUCUCUCCCCCUCUCUCUCAUCCUACUCGCUUCUCCCUACUCUCGCUCUCGCGAGGAUCCUCCCUUCGCUCUCCUUCACUCUCCUCACUCUCCCUCUCUAUCCUCGCUCUCGCUCUCUCCUCGCUCCUUUCUCCUUCUCUCUCCUCCCUCUCUCCUCCUUCUCGCGCUCUCCUCGCUCGCUCUCUCUUUCUCGAUUCCGCCUAUCUCUACUCAUGUUAUCUCUCCUCUCUCUCCCUCUCUCGCUCUACUACUGUCUCUCUUCUCGCCUCUCCUCCUUCUGUCUCUCUCUCCUCCCUCUCUUUCUCUCUCCCCUUCUCUUCUCUCUCGCGUCGCGUCUUGCUUCCUUCUCUCUCCCCUUCUCUUCCUCUCUCCUCUCUCUCCUCCCGUCUCUCUCCUCCCUCUCCUCCCGUCUCUCUCUCUCCCGUCUCUCUCCUCCCUCGCUCUCCUCCCUAGCUUUUUCUCCUUCAUCGCUCUCUCCCCUCACUUCUCCUCUUCUCUCACUCUACCUUUCUCAUCUACUCCCUUCUCUUUCUCUCUUCUAAUAAUCCUUUUCUCUUACCCUAUUUUCUUCUUCCCCUCUUCUGUAUCUCUCCUCCCUCUGUUUCCUCUUUCUUUCUCUCCUUCUCUCUUGUCUCCUCGCUCUCUCGCCUCCUCCUUCUCGCUCUUUCGCCUCCUCCUUCUCGCUCUCUCGCCUCUUCCUUCUCGCUCUCUCUCCUCUCCUCCUUUUCUCUCUCCUCGCCUCUCUCAUCUCCGCUCCUUCCCUUCUCUCUCCUCUCGCUCUCUCUCUCUCUCCUCUCGCUCUCCUCCUUUUCUCUCUCUUUCAUCUUCUCCUUCUCUCUCCUCCUUCUGUCUCCUUUUACUCUCUUACCUUCUAUUCCGUCCUUUUCUCGCUUCUCCCCCCUCGCUCGCUCCCCCCCGCUCUCUACAUCUCUUCCUCGUAUUCCUCCUUAUGUACUCUCUACUCCCCCCUCGAUCUUCCCCCCCUUCGCUCUCCCUCUCCACCUCUCGCUCUCUCCCCUUCUCUUCCGCUCUCUCCUCCUUAUGUCUAUACUAUCCUCCCUCGCUAUUCCCCUCGCUCACUUCUCUCCUCCUUCGCUCCUCCUCCUGUUUCUCUUCUCUUCGCCCUCUCCUCUCUCUCCCUUCUUUCCUCUCCUCUCUCUCCCUCUCUUCUCUCCUCUCCUCUCUUCAUCUCUCCUUCCCGCGCCUCUCCCUCCCAUCCUCUCCUCCCUCCGCUAUACUCCCUUCGCUAUUCUCCCGCUCUCUCCUCGCUAUCCCACCUCCUCGCCUCUCCUCGCUCUCUCUAGUUAAUAUCGAGAUGGAGAAUAUAUGAUACCAUACUGCGAGCGUUGGGGUGUGAAGAACGAUAGCGAUACAUAAAGGAGAGAAUCAGAAAUAGAGAGUCUAAGUAAGCGAGGAGGUCAGCGAGUAAGAAAGAUAGAGAGGAGAGAUCCGCGCGAGAAUAGCUACAGCCAAGCAUCGGAAGCACAGAUCAAGAGCGGCGCCGAAAGGCGCCCACUGCCAGCCUUCUCACCUCUGCUAUCAAAACAUCCUCGCUCUCUACCUCCGCGCUAUCUAAACCUACUCGAGCUAGGCGACUCUCUCUAUAUCCUUUCUCUCUCACUCUCUCUCAGACUCUAGCAUAGACUACAAUACGAUUCAGCGAUUAUACUACUAUAGAGUAAGAAUCUCCGCUCGAGAAGAUGAUAUCGAUAGAGAAGAGAGUUCGCGCUAUAAUCGCUCUUUUAAUAAUCUAUUAUACUCCCUAUCUAGAAUAAUGAUCGAAGAGCUAAGUAGAGAGAUAGCGUACUCUCGAUAUGCCAAUGUUUAUCUCUAUUACUCGCUUAUAGAUAUAAGCAUGGCAGAUAAAGCUCAAGCGAGGCCAGAGAGAUUAUAGUACGAAGGGCUAGAGCCUGCGAUAUCAGGUACGCAGUCUGUAUCGCUAGACGCCACUCGUCUUUCUCUAUCACAAUUAGAUUCCUCUCUCUCUUCUCGCUAUUGCUCAUUCUAUCUCCCAUUCUCUUCCUCUCUCAUACUCUCUCCUCAGUCUCUCUACUCCCGUCUCUUCCCCCUCGCUUCCUCCCUAGACUUUCUCCUCCCUCGCUCUCUCCCCUCACUCUCCCUUCCUUUCUCUCACUCUCCCUCCCCUUCUCUUCUCCUUCCUUAAUCUCUCUCACUACUCCUUUCUAUAUUCCCAUUUUUUCUAUUCCCCUCUUCUGUCAUCUCUCCUCCUAUGUCUCCUCUUCGUUCUCUCUUCUCUCUUGUCUCCUUCCGAUCUCUAGCCUUCAUACUUCUCGAUUCUUAGAAUACUCCUUAUAGAGAUCUCUACUAUACUCAUUUCCUCUUCAUCGCCUUCCGUCUCUCUCCUCUCGCUCUAUCCUCUCUCUCCUCUCGCGCUUCUCUCAUCUCGCUCUCUCUCUCUCCUCUCGUCUCACUCCUUUUCUCUCUUUCUCUCUCUCUUUUCUCGCCUCCUUCUGUAUCCUUUCUCUAUCCCCUUCUAUUCCGUCUCCUUUCUCGCUAUCCCCUCGCUCUCUCCCUCGCUCUCUCCACCCCCCUAUAUGGUCGCUUCUCUCACCCCCCCGCUCUCUCCCUUCUCUUCUCUCUCUCUCAUGUCUACGCUCCUUCCCCCUCGCUCUCUCCCCCCUCGCUCUCCUCUCCCCCUCGCUCUUCCCCUUCUCUUCCGUCUCUCAUCCUUAUGUUAUCUUACCUCCUCGCUCUAUCCAAUAGACUUUACUAUAAUAAUUUAGUCACUCUAAUGUAUCUUUAUAUAUCUGACAUUUCUCUACUAUAUACACUUUCUUCAGAUAUCCCUCUCAUCUCACACUUACUUACUAUCUACUCCUUCUCUUCAUCUCUAAUACUUCUCUUCUCUCUCCUCCCUCGCUCUCUCACAUACUCGAUCUCAUCCCUCUCGAUCGAGCCUAUCGCUUCUCAUAAUAUAAUAUAUCCUCGCUCUCCCACCCCUCGCUCUCUCCUCCUCUCUUUCUCUCCUACUUUCUCCUCCUCUCCUUUCUCAUAUACUAUCAUCCUCCUCUAUCAUCCGCCUACUCGCUCUCCCCACUCUCCGCUUAUCCUCCCUCUCGCUGCUCCUACAGCUCGCUAUCCUCCCUUGGCUUAAUCCCUCUCACUAUAUUCAUCCCUCUCCCUCUAUUACAUCCCUAUCCUCUCUUACCUCCCUCUCCCCUCUCUCCUCCGCUCUCCCACCUCCUCGCUCUCCCACCUCCUCGCUACUCCCACCUCCUCGCUCUCACCUCUCCCUCUCUCUACUCUCUUCUUUCGCUCUAUCUCUCCUCACUCUCUCUAUCCUCCUCGCUCUCCUCCCUCUCGCUAUCAUGCUAUCCAUCCGUCUCGCUCUCCCUUCUCCCUAUCUCUACUCGCUCUCGUAUCUCAUUGCCUUUUUCCUCUCUCCUCCCUCUCUCUCCUCCUUCUCGCGCUCUCCUCACUCGCUCUCUCUCCUCUCGCUCUCCUCCUUUUCUCUCUCUUCCUCGCUUCAUCUCUCUCAUAUGCGAUCUCUCUCCUCCUCCCCUCUCUCGCUCUCCUCCUUUUCUAUCUCACAUCUAUAUCUCCGCCGUUCGUCUCUCUCUCCUCCACUCUCGUCUCUCUCCCCUUCUCUUCCUCUCUCUCUUCUCGCUCUUUGAUCCUUCUCUCUCUUCCUCUCCUCUCCUAGCCUCAUGUAUCUCUCCUCCCGCUCUCCCCAUAGGCUUUCUCCUCAAUCGCUCCUUCCCCUGCUCUAUCCCAGCUCACUCUCCCUCCUCCUUCUAACCUCCUUCCUUCUAGCCCUCUCUCCACUUCUUUCUCUCUUCCCAUCUUUUCUCUCUCCCUGUUCUGUUAUCUCUCCUCCCAUGUCUCCUCUUUCUUUAUAGCCUUUUCUCGUGUUUCCUUCUCGCUCUCUAGCCUCUCCUUCUCGGCUUUCUCUCGCCUCCUAUUCUCGCUCUCUCGCCUCCUCCUUCUCGCUCUCUCGCUCUCUUCUCGCUCUCUAGCCUCCUCCUUCUCGCUUCUCUCUCCUCCUCCUUUUUCGCCUCCUCUCGCUCUCAUCUCUCUCCUCCGCUUCCUCUCUCUCUACUCUACGCUCUCUCCUCCUUUUCUCUCUCUUCCUCUCUAUCCUACACUUCUCCUUCUCUCUAUCCUCUGUCUCCUUUUCUGCACUACCCUUCUCUUCGUAUCCUUUUCUCUCUCCCCUUCUCUUAUCUCUCGCCUCUCUCGCUCUCCUCUCUCGCUUCUCCCUCUCUCUCCUCUCUCGCUUUCCUCCGCUCCCCUCCCCCUCCUCUCUCCCCUGCUCUAUCCCUCCCGCGCUCUCCACUUAUCUUCCUCCCUCCUCCUUUGUCUAUCUCGCCUCCCCUCGCUCUCUACCCCCUUCGCUUCCUCUCCCCCGCUCUCUCCCCCUCGCUCUCUCCCAUUCUCUCCGCCUUCUCCUCAUUAUGUCUAUCUUCCCCCUCGAUCUCUCCCACGCGCCUCUCCCUCGAUCCUACCCUCGAUUUCUCUCCUCCUUCGCUCACUACUCCUGUCUCUUUCUCUCUGACCUCUCUACUCUCUUCCCUUAUCUUCCUCUCUCCUCUCUCAUCCCCCCUUAUAUUCUCUAUCCUACUUCUCUCUCUCUCCCUCCUCGAUCUCCUCCACUCUCGAUCAACCAUCCCCCCUCUCCUCUCCUCCCCCCGCUAUCCAACUCCUCGCUCUAUCCUCGCUUCUCUCCUUUCUCCUAUCUCUCCUCCAUCCUCAUACCCCUCCUCGCUCUCCUCGACUCUCCUCCCUCUCGCCUCCCGCUCUCCUCUCUCUCGCUCUACGCUUCCUCCCUAUCGCUAUCCUCCCUCUCGCUCUCCUCCCCUCUCCCUCUCCCUCCCUCCUAUCCUCGCUCUCCACCUCUCGCUCCGCUCCCUCUCUCUUUCUCCUCUCUAUCCUCCUGGCUCUCACCAUCUAACACUCCUCCCUCUCGCUCAUCCUCUACUCCAUCUCGCUCUCCUACAUCUCCCACCUCCUCGCUCUCUUUCUCUCUCUCUCCUCCUUUCUAUCGCUCUCCUCACUCGCCUCGAAUCUCUCGCUCUUCCUCCUUUUCUCUCUCCUUACUAGCUCCUCCUCUCAUAAUGUCUAUCUUCCUAUCUCCUCCCUCUCUCGCUCUCCUCCUUUUCUCUCUCCUUCUCUCUCUCCUCCUUCUGUCUCUCUCCUUCCUCCCCUCUCUUUCCUCUCUCCUCUUUCUGACUCCUUUCUCUCUCCCCUUCUCUUCCUCUCUCUCUUCUCGCUCUCUGCUCCUUCUCUCCCCUCUCUUCCUCUCUCCUCUCUCUCCUCAUGUCGCUCUCCUCCCUAGCUUUCUCCUCCCUCGCUCUCUCCCCUCGCUCUCUCCUCCUUCUCUCACUCCUUCUCCUCCUUCUCUCUCCUCCUUCUGUCUCCUUUUCUCUCUCUGCCUCUCCUCUCUCUCUCCUUCUCUACCUCUCUCUCUCCUCCUCCUUUCUCUCUUCCCCUCUUUUCUCUCUUCCCCUCUUCUGUCUCUCUCCUCCCUCUGUCUCUCCUCUUUCUUUCUCCUUCUCUCUUGUCUCCUCGCUCUCUCGCCUCCUCCUUCUCGCUCUCCUCCCUCUCGCUCUCCUCCCUCUCCUCCCUCUCGCUCUCCUCCCUCUCCUCCCUCUCGCUCUCCUCCUUCUCGCUCUCCUCCUUCUCGCUCUCCUCCUUCUUCUCUCCUAACGCUCUCGCUCGCCUCCCUGUAUCUUUAUAUUCUUCUGUCUCUCUCUACUCCUCUCUCUCCGCCUCUCUCUCCUCCGCUCCCUCUCUCCUCCUUCUGUUCUCUCCCCGCUAUCGUCUGCUCGUGUCUCUCUCACUCCUGACUAUCUCUACACUCUCUCUGCUCCCGCUCUCAUCUCAAACUCCUGUCUCUCUCACCUCCCUAAAGCUCCUCUCCUCUCUAUCGCCUAAUUCUCGCUCUUCCUCGAUAAUCUAUUCCUCUCUCCUUCUGUUCAUCGAUGUCCUCCUCUGAACUCUAAUUAUAUCUCUCCCCCUUAUCUCUCUCCUAACGCGCUCUUUCUCAUGCUCUCAUUCACUCUCCCUCUCAUGUCUCCCGUCCCUCCUACUCGCUCUCCCCCGUUCUCUCUAUUCUCCUGCUAUCUCCCCUCUGUCUCUAUCAUCUGUCCCGCUCUCGCUCUCCCCCCCGUCUCUCAUCCUCUUUCCUAUCUAUCACCCGGCUCUCACCGCUCUACUCUCUCUCUCUCCUCCCGCUAUCUCUCCUCCUUCUCUCCUCUCUCUCUCCUCCCGCUCUCUCCUUCUCCUGUCGCUCUCCUCCCUCUCUCUCUCUCCUCCUCCGGUUUCUCUCUCUCUCUCUAAGCUGUAUGUCAGCAACAUCAUCAUAUGGUACUCUGCAUUUUGUUUUGUGAUUUUUUUCAAUCCCAGAUUUGUAACAAAUGUGAAAAUAACAUUUUAAUAACAUGUUACUCUUUUGGUUCUAGACUGUGCUGUGUUUCCCUGCUGGGUGUUUGAUGUGACCCUAUGUUGUAUGUGUUGUCCCUGCAGUCUCUGGAGCAGCAGGUGGUGGGGCUGGAGCAGCUGAGACAGAAGGAGGCUGAGGACACCACCAGUGCCAGCAACCAGCUCCUAGAACUACAGACACAGUAAGCCUCCUGUCUAUCCCUCCACUCUGUCCUACUCGAUUACUGCAUUGUACCCUGAGAAGUUAGACUAACACACAGUCUCUGUUGCAGGCUUGCUGCUAAGGACCAGGAGAUCCAGACACUACAGAGUGAGUUGGAGGCGAGGGCCAAGGAGGUGAGCGACAAGGUGCAGGAGCUACAGCAGCAACAGGUGAGGGAAUAGGUGAAAACAGUUCAUUGGUCAUCUGUACUGGAGAAGGAGAAAAAUAAUAAGAGUUAAGUAACUGACACACAACUUUUUUCUUGUUAUAGCAAACCCACACAGAGGCCCCAAGCCCAGAACUGCUGACAGUGUGAGUCACUGCAAUACUUCACAGAAUUCCCUUCAGUAUACAGUAGGUGUCCCUUGGCAUGGGGCUACCCAGCAGCGUUGUGCUUGGUAGUGGUGGUAAUGUAUGUGUCGUGUUCUGUCCUCCAGAUUGGCAGAGAAGGAGAAGCAGGUGUCUGAUCUCCAGGGAGAGCUGGCUAAGCUGAGGGAGUCCCUGGAGCUUCACAGGAACAAGAACAACGUAGGUGUCCUGUCCUGUGCUGCAGACAGUCCUGCUGCUUCCCCAGCCCACACCCACACUACCUACCUCUCCAGUCUAGCCCUGAGAUACAUCUGCAGACCUCAUCCUCUAUGUGCUCUGCUAAACCAGGGGUUCCAAACCUCUCCUCGGGUACCCCUAGCCAUUUUAUGGAUGUUAACUAUUCCAGAGCUAGCACACCUGAUUCAACUUGUCAACUAAUUAUCAAGCCCUUGACUAGGUGAAUCAGAUUAGUUAGUUCAGGGCUACAACAAAAUUGCGAAAUGUCUGGGGAUCCCAUAGGAAAGGUUUGAAAACCACUGCCCUAAACCACACCCCUCAGUGAUGUCAUCUACCCAUGCAUCUGCAGUCCUGUGCACCUCUGCUUCAUCUGAACAAUCUCCCUAUACUCAUUUUCCCAAGUGGUUAAGUUGCAUUUUGUCUGACUAUGAAUGGAAUUAAUUAAGCUACUUGAAACUAUUCAAGUCAAUGAUUGAUCUACUAUUACAUUUUAGUUCUGUUAAUUUGCAAUUCCACGCUUAUGUUGGCUUUCUACAAUCAAACAGCACAGUUUUUAGGGUAGUCAGUCUACUCUGCUCUGUUCACAAGGAGUGCCUAUUCCUGUAUCUGCGUGUGAAUGCUCCGGGGCAUAACAACAGCCUUGUUUUACAGACCAAGACCUACCUUGUUGACUAGCUCUAUAUUAUGUAAUUUGGCUUUUCCUGUCUAGGCACAUUUGACUUUUUUGGCAGUCAGCUCCAGCUCUCAUUCUUCAGAUUCUUUCAGUGUCUAUCUCAAAGACCUCUACUGAGUGACUAGCUGUUUCACUGUUUGUUUUUGCCAAUACAAUUUAGUGGCCGAUCCUUUUAAAGACUCAAUGGUUAGAUGGGCAACUCAUGUUAAGCUGCGCUUGACACUUAGACUGGUUUACAGGUAAAGUGCAGUGAGGGAGUUCUUUAAACCUAGACUCAGAAACAGCACAGGACAGGACAGCUGUACAGAAAAGCAGAGUAGAGUAGAAAAUAGUUUUAGCUAAUGGUUCUCUGUUCAUCCCUAUAUGAAUUGUGUUUGUGGGUCACUGCAUACUUUUCCCUGAGGCUGAACUGAAAGUGGUAUCUCUCUGAAACUGACCAGGCGCUUCAGGUGAAAAACUGGAGCGCUAUGGAGGCUUUGGCAGCCACUGAGUCAAUGCUUCAGGGGAAACUCUGCAAAGUUCUCAAGGUUCGGACCCUGCUUCCAGUCUGCUUCACUCUAGAUUGAAAACCUGAUUCAUCCCCAAACAGCUAUUGCCAUAAUCGACAAGUCAGAUUACUCCAUUAUUCACACAGAUACUGCUGCAUACUCAUUUCUCCCCUCUUUCUGCACUUUGGACCUGUAUAAUUGGCAGUCUGUCUCCAUUAAGCUAUUCCCCUCAGGAAUUUCAGAAAGACAAAUGAAUUUUGUCAAAUUUUAACACUGCUGUUCUUGAGUUCUGCUUGCUAUUCCGCGCUAGAAUUUGUUGAAGGACACAAUUUGCUUUACUUAUACAGUACAGCUAUAUAUAACUACAUACAUUCCAGUACAAAGUAAAGAAACUGGCAUUUGAAAAUGAGUGACUGACUCCAGAUUUCAUGUAGCUUGAUGGUCAUAAUGAGUUUGUGAUCCAUGAUCUUUGAUGCUCCUCUCACUUCCUGCCAUGUGCUUCCCUCAUUUCCUUUCCCCAAUCCUGCAUGUGUUCCAUUAUACUUUGUGAUGUGUGUAUAUACUGUCAUCAAUACAGACAUCAGCUGCUAGUGAAAUUUUAUUCCAAGAUUUUCUAAAGAAAUUUGAUCCUGCAGAAUUGCAGUUUGCACAUAUUCUGGACAUCAUUUUUAAAUCAGUCAACAUCAUUAUUUUGUGUAAAAUCAUUUUUGAAAAUGUGAUAAAAUAACAAGUGAUACUAUUGAUCACAUUCAGAAAUCGUGCAGUUUGUGUACACCACCACCUUACUGCAUUGACUUAUAUACUGAACAAAAAUAUAAACGCAGCAUUCCACAAUUUCACCGGUUUUACUGAGUUACAGUUCAUAUAAGGAAAUCAAUCAAUUGAAAUAAAUUCAUUAGGCCCUAAUCUAUGGAUUUCACAUGAGAAUGGGAAUACAGAUAUGCAUCUGUUGGUCACAGAUACUGUACCUUAAAAAAAAAAAGGUAGUGGAUCAGAAAAACAGUCAGUAUCUGGUGUGACCACCAUUUUCCUCAUGCAGUGCGACACAUCUCCUUUGCAUAGAGUUGAUCAGGCUGUUGAUUGUGGCCUGUUGAAUGUUGUCCCACUGAGCGAAGUUGCUGGAUAUUGGCGGGAAUUGUAACACGCUGUCGUACAUGUCGAUCCAGAGCGUCCCAAACAUGCUCAAGGUGUGACGUCUGGUGAGUAUGCAGGCCAUGGAAGAACUGGGACAUUUUCAGCUUCCAGGAAUUGUGUACAGAUCCUUGCGACAUGGGGCCGUGCAUUGUCAUGCUGAAACAUGAGGUGAUGGCAGUGGAUGAAUGGCACGACAAUAGCCCUCAGGAACUCGUCACGGUAUCUCUGUGCAUUCAAAUUGCCAUUGAUACGAUGCAAUUAUGUUCGUUGUCCGUAGCUUAUGCCUGCCCAUACCAUAACCCCACCGCCACCAUGGGGCACUCUGUUCACAACAUUGACAUCAGCAAACUGCUCGCCCACACAAUGCCGUACAUGUGGUCUGCGGUUGUGAGGCCGGUUGGACGUACUGCCAAAUUCGCUAAAAAGACGUUGGAGGCGGCUUAUGGUAGAGAAAUGAACAUUAAAUUCUCUGGCAACAGCUCUGGUGGACAUUCCUGCAGUCAGCAUGCCAAUUGCACACUCCCUCAAAACUUUAGGUAUCUGUGACAUUGUAUUGUGUGACAAAACUGCAGAAAUGCUCACUAACAGGAAUGUAAACACAUUUGUGCAAAUCAUUUGAGAGAAAUAAGCUUUUUGUGCUUAUGGAACAUUUCUGGGAUCUUUUAUUUCAGCUCAUGAAAUAUGGGACCAACAUUUUACAUGUUGCGUUUAUAUUUUUGUUCAGUAUAGAAACCAGACAGUAAUAUUGACACAAGCUCCUCUGCUAUAGCUGCUGUUAAUAUCCACCCAGUUGUUUCCUAAGGUUUUUUCUAGUCCUUUUCAUCAGUGAGAAUAUGAUCUGCCAUGACCCUUUGCUUAGCCAUAUGUAUUUAGGGACCCACCAUAGAUCAUAGACUAACAUAUUGCUCUCCUACUAUAAACAGUUGUGGGUGUUCAGUAUAUUUUUGCCACAGCUCUAACACCUAGUGACUCCCUUCUCAUGUCCAUAAAGCAGACGGGGUACAUAGUGAACUGAUUUUCCCAGCAGCUGCCCUCGCCCAUCUUGGUACAGUAAAAAAUUGCCAUAUUUAAGCUGAGUGUUGGAGUUCCUGGACACCUGUUGUGUACGCUCAGGAAAAUGCAUGCUUAUACACAAUCCAAAGCAUAUGUCAUAGCAUAGAUCCCUUUCCCCUUACAACACAAGGUGUUAAUGAGAGUAGAGAUGAAUGUGCCAGCUGUCACUUACAGGAUUCACUCCAUCGGAGGGUAGAUGUGUUAUACGGGACAUCUCUCCUCCUGAGAGUUUCAAGCCCUGUGCAGCUAGUAUGAUUAAUGGUACCAACAAUAUGGGUUUUGUUUGGUGGUUCUUCAUACUGGAAGCAUGUGUGGUGCUCUAUGGAUGUCUGUCUCUGGGAAGAAUGUUAGCUACUUGGGGGCAUUACUGCAACGGAAUGAAUAAGAGUGAAUAUCAUGUUCCUCCUUGAAAGGAGACAAAAAAUCAACUUUGUGAACCUUUGGAGAGCAGGGCGAGGUCUAAAGCUUAAUGAACUUGUCUCGUGGUUGUGUGUGGCUGCUGAACAGUGGGGGUGUAUGAAUACUUGCUUGAAGCACUCUAAAUAAUUGAGCCAUUGAAAAUGUUAGCUGUUUGUUACACUGGAGUGUCGUGGAGAGGGAGUUGAGCUUGUCACAGGCCAUGCUCCUGUAUGCACUCUGAGAUGGGAGGAGUGAAACCAAGUGAGCAGAGAGGUAGUGAUUUGAAGUGUUGGAUGUUUGCCUGCACAGUCGUCAUACAGGUUCCUGGAAUGUGUGUGAGCCCUGAGUGCAGUCCAUGUUGAAUGUCCCCUUUUCUCUUUCUCUUCUCCUCCUCCCUCUCCUCCUCAGGAGAACCAGAAAGCCCUAGAGACAGCCCAGGCAGAGUGUCGAGAUGUUUUGCACAGACUGCUACCCAACGUGCCUCUGCCCACUGAACAUGUAAGGUCUCACAUACUAUGCCAUUUAGCAAACACUUUUACCCAAAGCGACUUAGUCAUGCAUGCAUACGUUUUACGUAUGGGUGGUCCUGGGAAUUGAACCUACUAUACUGCCGUUGCAAGCGCCAUGCUCUACCAACUGAGCUACAGAGGACCACAUGAUGUGAUAUUAAAUUCUAAAUGAAUCUGUUCCACAUGGUCUAUAGUUGUGUAGCUUCACUACUGUAGUCUUCUGUCUCAGAACCACCAGGAGUGGCUGCAGAGGUUUGAGACUGCAGUGAAAGAGGCCCCAGCAGCAGAGCCCAGCCCUGCCCCUGAUGCAGCACCUGAACCAGCUGCAGCUCCAGGGGGCUCAGAGGACACCAAGGUUUCCUUAAAGACUCAUAUGUUUUAAAAUGUCUGAGUACUGCAGUGGAAAGAAGUGUAACCAGGGCUGUUCCUUUCACCAGAUAUUGGCUGAUAAGCUGAAGGAAUCGGAAGAGGCCCAGAAGGUUCUACAGAAAGAUUGUGAGACGUACAAGAAAGUGUUGGCUGAGACGGUGAGGCGACGCUCUUUAUCAGUGUUCUGUAGAUAAUGUUAUAAAGGUGUCAUGAGGAGACUGUGAAACUAACCUGUAAUACCCUCUACUGUCCACAGGAGGGCAUCCUGCAGCGCCUCCAGAGCUGUGUGGAGCAGGAGGAGUCUCGCUGGAAGGUGAAACUGAAUCUGUCACAGACAGAGCUGAAAGAGGUGAACACUGAAGAACAUUCAAUCAAACUCCAAUUGUAUUUAUAUUGCCUUUUUAACAAUAUCAAUGGUAUGUGUGGUGCAGUGGAGGCUGGUGGGAGGAGCUAUAGGAGGACGGGCUCAUUGUAAGAAUGGAAUAAAUGGGACAGUAUCAAACAUAUGGAAACCACGUUUGACUCUGUUCCUUUUAUUCCAUUCCAGCCAUUUACAAUGAGCCUGUCCUCCUGUAGCUACUCCCACCAGCCUCCAAUGGUGUGGUGCUUAUGGUCACUCUCCUGCCCUUUCUUUCUUAGAUGAGUAUGAAAGUGGCAGCACUGGAGCAGGAGGUGGACAGACUGAGCGACGGUGGGGAGUUGGUCAACGUCAGUCCUUCAGUUGAACACUUUACAUACCGCUCAGCAAUUGUAUUAUUUUGACUCAUUCAAUUUAAGUGAUUUUCAUACAUAGGUCAAAAUUGGGUGUUUUGUACCUCCAUAGUUGAGAAGAGACAAGCAGUACCUUGAGUCUGAGCUGGAGCGAGCAGAGCGCGAGAGCGCCACCUAUGGGACGGAGGUCAGCGAGGUGAGCUGACUCGACUUCCUGUCAUCUACCGGUCAUACUCGGUCAUGUCAUAGUGGUUAUCCAUCUAUGUAGUCAUAGGGGCGGCAGGUAACCUAGCGGUUAAGAGCGUUGGACCAGUAACAAGGCACUUAACCCUAAUUACUCUGGGUAAGCGCGUCUGCUAAAUGACUCAAAUGUAAAUGUAGUCAUUCCCCUCUGCAUUGUUUGUGGGUGGCAGUGUACUUACUAUAUGUUUAUGGAGCAUGUCUCUGUUUACUGUUUGUGGUAUCCACCAUUGUGUUAGUACAUGCAACAGUUGGACAUUACAUUCAUACACACAACACACAUUUUUCAUUGUAGAAUGCUCUGUUUUAGAGGGUUAACGAACUUCACACAGUAACUUACAGCACUUCAUAUUUAUCCAGUUUUUCCUGUUAAAUCAGUUGUUUCCCCUGGCCCCGGGUCCCACAGCCGCCCAGUUAAAAACAUCUCACACUUAAUUUCAGUUUUAAAGAUCAGUUGACUGAACUGCAGAACAAACUUGAUGGCUCUUAUACAGAAGCAGUCAGGCAGAAAGAGGAGCUGAAUUUGGUAAGCCUUGCUCACCAAUAUAGGUAGAGCUCCUAUAACCUGUGCCUCCUCCCUACUUCACCACCACCACCCAACGUUAUCUCUGGGGUCACCACCUGCCUGGAGAAUACAGGGUUCUCAAUGUCCUUUGGGUGUCAUUCCAUCUAUCUACAACCUCUGGAUACAGUAGUGAUAUAAGCUUAAAUGCAACAGGCUAAAGUGUUUUUAUAUGCAUGUGUAAGGUGAGUUUUCUUUGCUUUUUAGGAGGCCGUUAGUUAUAUUCUUAGUUUAACAAUAGACUGGAGUAUUAGUAUCAUAGGUUAUAGAUGGACCUUCCAUACUCGUGAGAGGACAGACUUAAAACACUACUGUUUCCAUUCCGCACACUAUCCACUAUCCCCCUCUAUCCACUAUCCCCCUCAAACUCCACUCUGGACCUCGAAGCCAGUUCUACUGCGUUUUUUUCAUUAUUCCCCUAUUUUCAGGGACUGAUUUAGGUGGGUGCAAUUAUCAGGGAGAACAGAAAACCAGCAGGCUCCCGACCUCGUAGAGUAAGAGUUGAAUAUGCCUGCACUAUCCCAUCAAAUCAAAUUUUAUUUGUCACAUACACGUGUUUAGCAGAUGUUAUAGCGGGUGUAGCGAAAUGCUUGUGCUUCUAGCUCCGACAGUGCAAUAAUAUCUAACAAGUAGUAUCUAACAAUUUCACAACAUAUACCCAAUACACACAGACUUCAGCCCUGCCCCCAGGAGCCUGUUUCGAACCGUCCUCGCCGUGCACUUCACCCCAGCUGCCGUUUGCCAUUCUUUUUGUAGGUCACUUGAUGUCAUCCUACGGUUUUUGAGUGAUAUUUGAAUGAGUUGGCCGUCAUCCCGGUCAGUAGAGUCGUUUUCGCCCUCUGCCGGUCUGUAGCUUUGUUGUCCCAAAUGUCUGCUGCUUGACCUUGUUCUUAUGAACCGCCGUCUUUGACAUUUUAAGGAUGGAAGCAACCUGACGCUCACUGUAUCCCUCUGCCAGUAAAGCCAGAAUUGAACCCUUCUUUUCCUCACUCAAAACAUUCCUUUUCAACUCUUUUGGCAUGGUCAAUAGUUAUUUUUUGAUUAAUAUUACUUUUGAGGUACUAUUAGCACUGUUUUUGCCAUCCAGCUGGUCCUAUUGCAAGAGGAUAGUGAUGACCACCGCAGUGGAUUUUAUACUUUUCCUCGUUAAAUAAGAUUUGGUUCAUGUGAUCACCUAAUCAGUACCUAAUUCAGUAGAAUGAGGUGUGCCUGUGUUGGAUUCAACAGACACUGGAAUGGAAUGGCUGUCAUACAUGUAGAGAUGCUGAUUUAAGACAAAUUUGCAGUGGUCUCUUAAUUUUUUCCAGAGCUGUAUGGACAAGCAAUGACAGAGCAGCAUGGACUAAGAUACAGUAGAAUAUUAUAGAAUAGAAUGCAGUAUAUACAUAUGAGAUGAGUAGUGCAAGAUACAGUGGGGAGAACAAGUAUUUGAUACACUGCCGAUUUUGCAGGUUUUCCUACUUACAAAGCAUGUAGAGGUCUGUAAUUUGUAUCAUAGGUACACUUCAACUGUGAGAGACGGAAUCUAAAACAAAAAUCCAGAAAAUCACAUUGUAUGAUUUUUAAGUAAUUAAUUUGCAUUUUAUUGCAUGACAUAAGUAUUUGAUCACCUACCAACCAGUAAGAAUUCCAGCUUUACAGACCUGUUCGUUUUUUCUUUAAGAAGCCCUCCUGUUCUUCACUCAUUACCUGUAUUAACUGCACCUGUUUGAACUCGUUACCUGUAUAAAAGACACCUGUCCACACACUCAAUCAAACAGACUCCAACCUCUCCACAAUGGCCAAGACCAGAGAGCUGUGUAAGGACAUCAGGGAUAAAAUUGUAGACCUGCACAAGGCUGGGAUGGGCUACAGGACAAUAGGCAAGCAGCUUGGUGAGAAGGCAACAAAUGUUGGCGCAAUUAUUAGAAAAUGGAAGAAGUUCAAGAUGACGGUCAAUCACCCUCGGUCUGGGGCUCCAUGCAAGAUCUCACCUCGUGGGGGCAUCAAUGCUCAUGAGGAAGGUGAGGGAUCAGCCCAGAACUACAUGGCAGGACCUGGUCAAUGACCUGGUCAAUGACCUGAAGAGAGCUGGGACCACAGUCUCAAAGAAAACCAUUAGUAACACACAACGCCGUCAUGGAUUAAAAUCCUGCAGCGCACGCAAGGUCCCCCUGCUCAAGCCAGCGUAUGUCCAGGCCCGUCUGAAGUUUGCCAAUGACCAUCUGGAUGAUCCAGAGGAGGAAUGGGAGAAGGUCAUGUGGUCUGAUGAGACUAAAAUAGAGCUUUUUGGUCUGAACUCCACUCGCCGUGUUUGGAGGAAGAAGGAUGAGUACAACCCCAAGAACACCAUCCCAACCGUGAAGCAUGGAGGUGGAAACUGCAAAAGGGGACAGGACGACUGCACCGUAUUGAGGGGAGGAUGAAUGGGGCCAUGUAUCGCGAGAUCUUGGCCAACAACCUCCUUCCCUCAGUAAGAGCAUUGAAGAUGGGUUGUGGCUGGGUCUUCCAGCAUGACAACAACCCGAAACACACAGCCAGGGCAACUAAGGAGUGGCUCCGUAAGAAGCAUCUCAAGGUCCUGGAGUGGCCUAGCCAGUCUCCAGACCUCAAACCAAUAGAAAAUAUUUGGAAGGAGCUGAAAGUCCGUAUUGCCCAGCGACAGCCCCGAAACCUGAAGGUCUGUAUGGAGGAGUGGGCCAAAAUCCCUGCUGCAGUGUGUGCAAACCUGGUCAAGACCUACAGGAAACGUAUGAUCUCUGUAAUUGCAAACAAAGGUUUCUGUACCAAAUAUUAAGUUCUGCUUUUCUGAUGUAUCAAAUACUUAUGUCAUGCAAUAAAAUGCAAAUUAAUUACUUAAAAAUCAUACAAUGUGAUUUUCUGGAUUUUUGUUUUAGAUUCCGUCUCUCACAGUUGAAGUGUACCUAUGAUAUAAAUUACAGACCUCUACAUGCUUUGUAAGUAGGAAAACCUGCAAAAUCGGCAGUGUAUCAAAUACUUGUUCUCCCCACUGUAUGUAAACAUUAUCAAAGUGACUAGUGUUCCAUUUCUUAAAGUGGCCAGUGAUUUCAAUAGGCAGCAGCAGCCUCUAAUGUGCUAGUGAUGGCUAUUUAACAGUCUGAUGGCCUUGAGAUAAAAGCUGUUUUUCAUUCUCUCGGUCCCAGCUUUGAUGCACCUGUACUGACCUCGCCUUCUGGAUGUUAGCGGGGUGAACAGGCAGUGGCUCGGGAGGUUGAUGUCCUUGAUCUUUUUGGCAUUCCUGUGACAUCGGGUGCUGUAUGUGUCUUGCGUUCGGCAGACCGCACCACCCUCUGGAGAGCCCUGCGGUUGGCAGACCGCACCACCCUCUGGAGAGCCCUGCGGUUGCGGGCGGUGCAGUUGCCGUACCAGGCGGUGAUACAGCCCGACAGGAUGCUCUCAAUUGUGCAUCUGUAAACGUUUGAGUGUUUUAGGUGCCAAGCCAAAUUUCUUCAGCCUCCUGAGGUUGAAGAGGCUCUGUUGCGCCACUGUCUGCGUGGGUGGACCAUUUCAGUUUGUCAGUGACGUGUACGCCAAGGAACUUGAAGCUUUCCACCUUCUCCACUGCUGUCCCGUCGAUGUGGAUAGGGGGGUGCACCCUCUGCUGUUUCCUGAAAUCCACGAUCAUCUCUUUUGUUUUGUUGAUGUUGAGUGAGAGGUUAUUUAAAUUCAAUAUAACUACCCCUACUGGUCAAUAAAACUACCCCUAGGUAAAGGCUUAUAGUGGCUUGCUGCUACUCCUGCACAGGCCAAUGAGUUUCUUCAUGUCGGCCAUCUUUGGGGAUAAAUGUUAUGCCUUCAACUGCACGCACACUUUCAUAAUUUCAUCAUUCAUAUGCCUCCACACACAAUUGAAACAUUUUCAACGUCUGUCUCUUGUCUUGCCACCCUUCUGUCUGUGAAUGCCUUCAAGGAUACCUAAACAUCUGAUGGUUUUUCAUUUGACAAUGCAUAAUAAAAAAUAAAAAUAAAUAUUUGUCAGUGUCUAGCUAAGUAUUAUUAUUGAAUACCUAGUUUAGUAGAUAACAAAGAGUUGUCAUAAGUAGAUAUAGCUACAUGUCUACCUCACCCACUCUAAAAACAGAUGUUCGCUUUUUCUUGGUAGAAAUAUAAAAAAUAUAUAACCUCGUGUAUAUGCAAAUUCCCCCCUCCAAACAGUUUGAGAUCAGAUUUCACCAGGAGUGGAACAGUCAUUGUCAUGUGUUGUGUCUCAUCUCUGUUGGUGUUUGGUUGCAGCUGAAGACCCAGCUGACUGAGACUCUGUCUAAACUGGAGAGCGAGGAGAGUGAGAGGCAGAAGGUGGCUGGGGAUCUCUAUAAGGUAAGACAGCCCCUUGUCCCUCAGGAUUGGACUACCUUAAGUUUGUUUGGAUGUACAUUGUUGUUAGAGAAACAGUUUGUCACCAGUCCCAAGUCUAGAAUGAAACAACACACUAGGAGCUAGAUACACUCUGAACAUUUGAAUAUGUGGAUGUGUAGAACACACUUAUAUUACCUGAAAUGUAAGCUUAAAUGUUUCUUGUAAUUUCCCCCACUCUGCUCCACCUCAGGCCCAGCAGUCUCUGGACCUGAUCCAGGAGGAGAUCUGCAAAGAGACGGGCCAGGGUGACCUGAUAGAGAACAGCAACCUCUCAUCACACGUAAGACAUAUUGGAGAGGGAAGGGGAACUUGUCUGUGGCUGGGUGUAAAAAUAAAAUAACAACUUUUUUUGUUGUUGUUGGCAGUCACACAUAUUAUCUAGGUAGUGUACAUUCAUGGUAAAAACAAAGGUAGCUACUAGUAGUUGUAGUAUUGAUAGUUGGUAGAUGUAGUAUUGUAGUUGUAUAUUAAAUGUAACCAGUCUUUACCUAGGAGUAGUUUUAUUGACCAGUAGGGGUAGUUAUAUUGAAAGUGACCAGAGGGUGGUAACUAACCUGUCACUAUGUCCCUCAGGAUGAGAUUGACAGGAAGGAGAAGAAGACGGCAGGCCUAAACCAAACUGUGAGGGAACUGCAGCAGCUGCUACAGGCUGUCAACCGGCAACUCACCAAGGGACAGGAGGCGGUACGACAUUAGAUAACACAGCCAUCAAAAGAAGGCUUUCAAAUAUAGGAAUCAAUUUACAAUAAAUGGAGGGUAUAACUGGCAUGUAAGUCUUCAUUGUAACUCUAACGAGGUAUUGAACUGUGCUUUCUUGCAGGAAUCAGACUCGUCUGAAGUAUAGGGAGGGGAGGAUGGACCCUCUCUACAGAGACAACCUCUCCACCUCUACCACUCCUCUCCUAUCAUGCCCUCAUCUUCUCCUGCUACACUCCUCGCUUUCCCUUUCACCUGUACUGUAGGCAGCCUUUUGCUGACCCCCUGCCCAGCGCUGACCUAUAACCUCUGACCUCCACCUGCUCCUCCUCAGCAGGGUCAGGGAUAGACCUGGCUGGGCCCCAGAGGAGAGGGGCUCCCUUAAACUACAAACAUGCCGAACACCAAACCAGACCUUACUACUGCAAAGUCCCACCACAUUCCUCAUGAUCCCUACAGUAGCACAGCCAGAGCUAAAGGCAUCCUACACAUUCAGACUGUGUGGCAUACCCCCGUUCAGUACCCCCCUUUUUUCAAUGGAACGCUUUGAAUACAGACAUCCUAUUUCCCUGUCUAGUUUUCUUUGUCAAGAGAGCGAUGAAGUGGAUUCCUAAAUUAACUUUGGGUUCUCUGACCUUUUUUAAGUUAAAAAGGACAAAUAUAUUGUUUAAAAAAUGUAACUGUUAGGACCUGCUGACUUUACACUACAAUUGUUGAUCUCUUUGACUCCUGUCCCGACAACUCAAACACGUACUGUACAUGUGUUGAUUCAUGAAACAUAGCUACUAUACAUGCAUACUUUGGCUGAGUAUUGGGAGGGAGGGCAAGAGGAUAGGAGAGGGUCCCAGCAUGUCAGACAGGUCACUAAGUAACUCUAACCAUGGAGAUGCAU